GUGCACUAAAAGCCCUAAGAGAGCAGAGUACAAGCGCUGAAGGAGAGCUGAGCAGAAGUCCUUCUGAGUGAAAUGUAAAAAAAUUGACAAUGGAGUUAACAGCCCUGCAUUUACUUCUCUGGUUCAUGGUUGCAUUCACGUCUACUGCACAAGAGUUGUUGAGCCUACGUGUGAGUCCCAAGAUUUCUGCAGUGUGUGGCCAGCCGGUUAGCCUUCACUGCGAGGUGUCCUCAUCUCAACAUGGGCUGUCAAUCAAACAUAUGGAGUGGUAUCACAAUAAUACCUCCUUAUGUACGAUGAACAGUGAAGACAAGAAUCCAAUAAUAAACCCGGGGUUCACUGUAAGUGACUUUGAUUGCAAGUAUCACCAGGGAAAACUCACACUCAUUUUUAAAAAACUGCAACCAAUGGACACUGGAGACUUCGGCUGUAAACUACGGUCUAACAAAGGAACUCGAGUCAAAAGCACUACGGUGGAGUUACAAGAGUGCUGUGGACAAGUUGAGGGUGUUAUGGAACAUGGCCGCCCAACCUGUACCUUCACCCAUGUCUACCCAGAUGGAGAGGUACGCUGGUUUCAAGGCUCCCACCAUCAAAAACUAGGACAAAUCACCCUUAAAAAUGUUGAAGAUGGGGGUUGGCUGACAAUCCAAAGCUACCUGGAGGAAAAAAAAACAGGGUUGCCUUACAACUGUUCCUUGUGGAGCACUGAAACAGACAGAUACAUCACCAGCACUUUGGUUACUGAUCUUGACAAUUCAUCAGUAAGCCGAAGCCCUUUGGGGAAUGGAGCAGGAUCACAGGGACGCACAUUGAUAGAUUUAAUUGUCACAGUGUUACUUGUUGUCACCCUGAUAUAAGGAAUUUAUCAAAGUCAAACCACAUCAUGGAGUGUGAGCACCUCGGAACCAUGAGGUACUGACAUUUAUGUUAUCUUUAGGGCCAUACAUCAGUUUAGCUGUCAAGUGGAAAUAAACAGGGAAAUCACAGACUACUAAAAAGCUAAGAAUCACUCGAAUGUAAAAAAAAAAAAAAUACAGUUAUUUAAUUUCAUAGUUUCCCAAAUGAGCAGGGUGUAAUGGCUUCACUGUAACAAAUAUACACUGAAACAUGGGCACGCACCCUAAAACUUCCACACAGACUAAAUUCAGAAGUGUUCUGAGAAAGUGAGAAGAAAUAGCCACCAAAAAUAGAAAAGAAAAAGCUGUGUAGAUGCAUGUUUUCUGUCCAAGUACAACUGAAGGAAAAAUCUGCCCCUCUAGAACAAAAUAGCUCUUUUCUUUGAAUUUCCUUCAGGAAAUACUGAGGUCUUUGUGUGCAAAAUAUCAAACAGCUGGUCACAGGAAACCUCAGUCAUGCAAUGACUGUGUGUGGUUUGUUGGCAUAUGCUGCCCUCUGGUGAACAGGAUGUGAUCAGACUGAUGUUGAUGCUACAAAAGUAACAGUUUCAGAGGCAAUAGAUAGAGGCAUAAAAGUUGGUGCUUAUAAAGGGUGGAUUUAUUAUAAACUAGAAAAAUGCUUAUUAAGCUCCAGUGGUGUUUGCUCAUGCAUGCAUACACCUAGGUUUUUUACCUUGUGAGAUUUCCACAACACCUGAGGUGAAAAGUAUGUGGUGCCGGGAAUUGCUUUAAUAAUUAUACAUUUCUUCAUCCCUAAAUAAUUUCCAGUAAAACCAUCCAAUAUACUGUUAAGUUUGAAUCAGAAGGCUACAACUCUGCCUCUUAAUGUCUCCAUGUCUGUUCUUCUGACAGGACAUUUGAGAGCUUUUAAAGUCAGAUUGACUCUGUGCUAAUGGUGCCACUAAAUCGGUGCCAUGCAAGGACAGUUUGAACUCUGAGCAGGAUCUUGCUGCAACUGAGAGCUCACUGUAUAAACAAAUACAAGGUCACCUUGACUAGUUCAGUGCACAUGGAUGCAUCCAGAUAGGGAGAUGACAAAAACACUCACAUAAACAUACACACACGAUCACAUCCACACAUAUCUACACUUAUGAGGAUAAACUGGUGCAAAAAGGUGGAUAAUUUGAAUGUCUGCUUUAUGUAACAUGUUUUGUUGAGCAAUUUUCUUUUAAAACUGACAGGGGUCUUCGUAAAUAUUGGAACACUUGUGAUAGUGAAGCUGUUGGACCCAUUUGAUAGUCAUUCAUGGAGCCUAAAACAUCUGGCAGCCCCUUUACAUUGCUGUGUACAUAAUGCUGUCAAAGACUGAGGAAUGUUGCAUGAACAUUUGAAAAAAAAAUUAUGCUAUAGCUUGCAAUUCAGACUCACAAGAACCACUUUAAGUUAUAAGAUUGUCCUUCACAAUGUGUGAUCAAUGUGAUUUUUCAUGAAUGAAGCUUUGAGUUACUUAAUGCAGGACACGGACAUUGUACAUCCCAGCUGCAGCUGACAGGCUGCUGAUCGAAUCUUUGUUUCCAGUCACUUAAAUCCAAUCACAGCUCAUAUACUCACCACAAGGAGAGUCCAUUUAAACAUGCCUUCCUUCUCACUGAUCCUGCUACCCCAGUGCUGCUCACACUCUGCUAUUGCUUCUGGCAAAGCUUUGCCUCCACAACCCCAGCUUCCUCUUUUCAAGUCUGAAAGCCUUGUUUCUUCCCUUGCCAGGGAUAUUGCAAUGUGCUUCCUGGAAAGCCAUGUAUGCUGCUUGGCUAACCCAGGGAGCAUCCUAAAAAGCUGAGCCACUAGCACCACAUAUUCAGCCUUAAAUAGUCAAAUCUAUGAUGAGAGUUUUCCUGAGUCAAGGGUGGUUUUGUCUGUGUAAAUAACAGACUUUCUUCUAAGACUUCUUCGGAUCAACUGAGGCUUGAGUUUACUUAAUUUGGACUUAUCUUUGUCGACGAGUCCCGCAACAUGAUUAAUGUGAAUGACUGUGUAAAAUAAGUGUGUUAAUUCAAGCUUUAGAUUCUGCUUAAAGUGGUAUUAUCCUAUCACAAAUCCAGCUGAGAUAUUUAAGCCGAAAAAUAUAUGUAUCUUAGGACAUUCUUAGUUAGUCUGUAAAGUAAGAAUGGAGCUAAAUUUAUGUAAUCAAGCUUUAAGUUUAAUGCUUGAUCAGAAAAGGAAUACAAAAAUCACCCCAAGUGUGAUUUAUUUUUCGUUUGUGAGAUUUUACUAAUUCUGACAGGGUCUUUGUACAGCUGAAGUUUGCAGAUGUUCCAAGAAUCUGGACGAUCAAAACAACUGCCGCUGAACUGAGCUAAAAGUGGAACUGUUAAUACAACUGAGCGGGUUAUUUCAGCCCCAUAAUUACAGUAUAAAAUGAUUAUUAUCUUGGGUCCAUCAGAGAGUCUUAGUGUUAGUUAUUACUUUAACAGCAAACCCUAUCAAUUCCUCUGUCUGCUUGUAGUGUACACUUCCAACCACAAAAGGGAGCAAGUAACACACACUACAGCUCUGCUCUGAACGAACAAUGAUUUCUAACUGUUCCCCAAGGUUGAGAGGAGGCUGGGUUUUACAGAAUCAAAUGAUUUAUGAGUGUGAUCAUAGAACAUUUAACAAAUGUUUGCUGCAUUAAAGCUGAUGAAUAAAUAAAGUGAAUACAAACAA